CUGAAAAUACAUCAUAAUCGUUACUAUUUUAGACCAACGUUUUGCAAAGGGCUCUCUCUCCGCAUUUAUGCUGUAAAUAACCAUCGGUUGCAUCUCCCCCGCUACACACCGCUCAGAAACCUCGGGCGGGGGUCGAGGGGCGAAGCGGGGCUGCCGGCCGCAUACAAACAAGCCCCGCAAGCGACCCGCCCUCCCCGCUAGACAGCAGCCGAGCCGCUCUGCCGAGUCACCGCCGGGCGGGUUCGGCCAGGCGGCGGGGGGCGUGGCUUCCUCGGGCUCGCUCGCUUCGGCCGCCGCUCGGAGAAGGAGGAGGCGUGGCCUCGCCCGGGGAUCGUUCGAAGUGGGCGGAGCUAGCGCUGCAUCAGGACCAGUCGCCAGCUUCUGCAUCCCUCGGAGUCGGGAGCAUCCUCAGGGCCACGGCAGAAGCGCCGCCGCUGCAUCCGCUGAAGGGGCCUCCCUGCGCGCACCGGGCCUUCGCCGCCGCUCCAUUCGCGCGCCGCCAUGGCAGAGAUCGCCAGCGUCCGCCCCAGCUUCGGUGAGUGGGGCCCGUGGGAGGCUGCUGCGCAAUUCCCUCUCCCGCCCCCGCCCCGUUUCUCUUUGCCUUGGCCGUCCCCUCCUCCACCCGCUCCCCAGCGCAAAACACCGGGCCUUCCUGGGCAUCCUGAUCUCUCCGCCACGGCCACCCUCGCCGGAACCCGCUCAGGCCGUGCCCGCCACCAUAAUUCUGCCUUGGCAAGCGUCCCAUCCCUCUACCCCGGCCUCCCCUUCUAUUCUUGCUUGUGGCAACUGGCACAUCUACAAACACCAGCGCGCUAAGCAGCCAGAGAGGGCCUUGUUUGCGCCGUGGAAGAGGCACCAUCACCACCGUCACACGACCACCUGGCCUCCAUCUCUGGGGUGGUGGGGUGGUUUUUUUUUGAGGGGGGUGGUUGACAGCUUCUCUACAUCCUUACUGGCACGCACACCAUUCAGUCGUGCAAAUAACGCGCGGCAUUAGCAGGGCGCACGCUCACGAACCGACCGCCAACGCUGAUCCACAGGGGAAAUCUCUCUCUCCUCCUCCCCCACUAGCCCGCUGCAACAUUAGGAUAUUCGGACUGUGUGUGGCUGAGAAAGAAUGCGUUCAAAGAAGCCCACACGCAGUUUGGGAAAGAUCCCCCCCCCCCCAAUGUUGGGACGGAAACCCUCUUGGACUGCGCGAUCCGAUCCAUGGAAGUCCCGCUGAGUUCAUCGCUCCUAAGCGAGGAGGGCUAUAGGAUUGUAGCCUCGAAGGCCAGAUUGCCAGCUUGCAUCCCACACCUCUUUGGUUCCCUUGUUCCCAUUAAUUUCAUUUAAAAAAUAAUAAUCCUCCAGGCUACACUUCUCUGUCUGGGUUUUGACAGCAUUGGCCAACACGCGCACGCGGCCGCGCGCGCGGCCAGCAAUGCCCAGCAUCGCUCAGUAUUUCACUUCCCUUCAACACACACACACACACACACACACACACACACACACACACACACAAUAUCCCCAUCAGCAUUUGGGCAGUGUGGAAAUCUUCGCAUCAGCCACCCUGUGAGGAGGUGGGAGCACAUGACAGCCCCCAAAUCCGGGGCCAGGUCUCCUCCGGGCUUUCCAAUCCCCAAUGCCAUCACCAUUCGUCUUCGCGUGCUCUUCCCCGUCUCUCCCUUCCCGUCUCUCCCAUCUCCCCGCCCCCACUCUCUCCUUGCACGGGCGUGCCUGGCCUUGGGAGCCGACUGGGUCAGUGCCAGGGGCAGAUCCGAGCCCUUUGAAGAGAUGCUUAGAGGGACACAUGUGGGGUGGGUGGGUGGGUGGGGAGGCGGCAAGGCGUUGCCCUCUGGCCUGAUCUCCUCCUGUGGGGGGCUGGAGGUGGGUGGAAGGGAAGGAGGGAACAGGUGCACAUUGUGGUGGCUAGGAGGAGGGCAGAAUGACGUGAUGUCUAUUCCGGGCCAGGCAGCGCCCCAGCCCCCAGAUAGCUUGGAGGGGAGGGUGGGCAAGAAAACAGCCUUUGUUCAAUGCACCCCUUUUUUGCAGAGGUUGCGGAGCAAGCAAAAUAUGGAGUUUCCUCACCCCCACCCCCCAAAUUCACUCAAGUCGUUGCUUGCAAACCACACAGACCCUAGCCUGAUGGCCUGUAACCUGGCCCAGCCAUCUCAUAUAAUUGCACCCCAUCCAUUGAGGGUUUGCUCAGAGACACCAAAUCACUUCCUAACCCUAGCAGCUGCCCCCACCUCCAUUGUUGAGACUCCCUGGGGUGUUCCCUCUGGGAGAAGUUUGAGGCCUCUCAUAUAUGCCAGGGAUCAUGAUGUCUUCUCAUUCAUCCAACAGUGGCUUUUUAAACAGCCUCUCGGCAUCUGUCUGCUCCAAUCCAUGCAAUAACGAGCCACAGGGACUAUCAGCGUGGCCUCUAGGCAGCUCCUCUUUGCCAGGUUGCAGCAAAGUUUCUGGCAGGAGCAUGAAUAUAAAAGCAAGAAGGGGGAGGGAAAUAAAGCUAUUCAUUCCCCCCCCCCCAAAUAUACUGAAAUGUAAAUAGAAUAGGAUCCUCAGGCGUAUUUGCGGACCUUUGAUUUGUAUUAAAAAUCUACCUGUGUGCCAUUCAGUGAAAAGUCUCAGCUUAUUUCAUGUUCUAAUUCUAGUGUGAACAUGUAAUGCUGAACACAUCUGCUGUCACACAAUGGCAUUUCCGAGAGAGAGGAUCAAGGUUGCCUGCGUUUGUUAGGCCAGUGUGGAAUGUUUUAUGUUAAUUAAAGCCCUCUGGUUUAUUUAUGUUUUUAUCACCAAAAGUGCAGCCUUUUAUUGUCCUCUGGGGUGGAAGGCUGUGUUGUGCUACGGCCCCAAAGCUAACUAAGGAUGCAGAAGUGAUAGCAUCCUCUCUGCCCGGUUAAGUCACGUGAACGACGACGACAACAACAAAAAUCACAGGGUCUAAAAUUCUGGAUUUAGUUCUUCCAGAAUAAAUAUAAGCACCUGGCUCUGGUUACUUGCAGUUACUAAUGUAGAACAUGGUCUCCACCUCUUGUACAAGUGUGCAUUGUGAUAGCAGAGAGGUAACCCCAGUUGUUAAUAACAGAAUGGCUGAAGUGGAUUGAAAGAGAAGCAAGCUGGAUUAGACAGAUGUUAGUAUGUGUCCCCAAUUAGAGUGUGCAUACGUCACUGAGGAUAUUGUUUGAGGAGUUUAAAAACGCAUAUGGGGGAUUAUUAUUGUUAUUAUGGGAGUUGUGAAAUGCGGAUGGCUUUGGAGGUUGGCAGUUUAGUAUCCAGCCUCCUUUUUUUUGCAGAUGUUUACAGUGCAGGUAUAUUCAAGAUUUCUGUUUUACACCCCAUCAUUUUAAUUCAUUGCUGCAGGAGUGACAGGCGCCCUGCAAUAUUGUCUCACAGGAACAUAGGAAGCUAACUUGUACAGAGUCACACCAUUUGUCCAUCGAUCUCAGUACUGUCAACACUGACUGGCAGCAGCUCUCCAAGGUUUCAGGCACAGGGACAAUUCUCAGGCCAACCUGGAGAUGCUGAGGAUGAAACCUAAGACCUUCUGCUUGCAUGCAGGUGCUCUACCCCUGACCUAUGGUCCUUUCCCUGUUCAUACAGCUUGCAAACACAUACACAAUCAGGCACAUGCACAUACAUGCACACACCUCCUAAGGAAAUAUAGGCUUCACUCAUAUUUCUUAUUAGCUGGGAGUAUGUCCCACUGAACUCAGCAGGAAGUUCUUCUGAGUAGGCAUGUGCAAGAUUGCACAUAGCCACUGAAUCACAGAAAAUCAGUAUUGCUUCUGACAGCCUUCUCCACCCUGGGGCCCUUCAGAUAUUGUUGGACUUCAGUUCCCAUCAGCUCCAGCCAGCAUGGCCCAGUGGUCAGGGAUGAUGGAAGCUGGAGUCCAGCAACAUCUGGAGGGUCCCAGGGGAAGACUGGUGUCUGUUAUGGUGGAAUUACAACACUAGUCAAUUGCAUACUUCCAGCAUUUCUCUGAUAAAAAUAGGGAUGUCCUAUUGUUAUUAUUAUUAUUAUUAUUAUUAUUAUUAUACUCUGCCCAUCUUUCCCCAGCCACUCUGGGUGGCUUCGAACAUAUAUUAAAACAUAAUAAACCAUUAGACAUUUAAAAAUUUCCCUAUACAAGGCUGCCUUCAGAUGUCUUCUAAAGGUUGUAUACAGUGGUACCUCUGGUGGUCUGUUCUUAACCUGAAACUGUUCUUAACCUGAGGUACCACUUUAGCUAAUGGGGCCUCCCACUGCCGCUGCACGAUUUCCGUUCUCAUCCCAAAGCAAAGUUCUUAACCCAAGGUACUAUUUCUGGGUUAGCGGAGUCUGUAACCUAAAGCGUCUGUAACCUGAAGUUUCUGUAACCCAAGGUACCACUGUAGUUACUUAUCUUCUUGGCUCGGGGGGGGGGGUAACAUAAGUUCACACCCUCCAACAUUUUUCCAAUGAAAACAGGGACAUCCUAAGGAAAAGCGAAACAUUCCAGGAUCAUAUCAGAAACCAGGACAGCUUCUGUAAAUCCAGGACUGUUCCUGGAAAAUAGAGACACCUGGAGGGUCUGCAGUUGUAAAGGCUCCUUGUUCCACAGGCUAAUAUGUUUGCCUUACAGCCAGGAGACCUUAAAAAAAAACACCAAAAUUUACAAAGGGCCAUGUGCAUGGUUCGAUUACAUAUACAGAAGGUGCAUACAAAAGCUGCUGCCCAAUCCUACUCAGCCCCCAAAAUCUAUCCCCAAUAGCAGUUCUGAAAAGAUGCUCAGGCUUUGGCCAGUUUUCAAAAGAAGGGAACUGCAUAGGUCAGUGGCAGAGCACCUGUUUUGAAGGUUCCAGACUCAUUCCUCAACAUUUCCAGUUAGGGCUGGGAAUUGUCCGCUAAUGAAAAUUCUGAAGAGCUGCUGCCAGUUAGCACUAGACAGCUCAGAGCCAAGAUGGACCAAUAGUCUGACAAUAUUGGUAGAAUGCAUUCCAACAGGCCUUAUAUAUCAGGGGCAGCCCAUAAUUUCUGGUAAGUGUCUUUAAAUAAUAAUAAUAAUGCUGUCCUUAUUUUGCAUUUUGGGGAAAAUACUGGGUUUCUAGAAGUUUUAUCUCUGAUUGUCCAGGAUGGUGAGGCACAGAUGUGUUUUAAUUCUAAUGUGAAUGCAUGGAGACAAAAUGUCAGCAACUGUAGCUGCCCACCCAGAUAGUGAAGGCUGCUGAAUGUGUUGCAAUUGCAGCUGUUCUGUGCAAAGUACAACCAGACCCAUUGUGAAGCUAAGUAUUCCGUUUAAGCUUUCUUAAGUGUGCCGGGUUGGGUUGGGGUGUGUGUGUGUGUGUGUGGGUGUGUGUGUGUAUGGAAACAAAAUGCAAAUUGUUAUGAUAAAAGCAGCGAAGAGACUUGAAGAAGAUGCAGUUUGGGAGGGUGUAUGCGGGGGGGGAGCGGUGUCAGGGAGCGAGAGAUACGCUGAGAAUAGGGGGGUGAUAACAGAAUCACUUAGAAUCAUAGAAUGCACACAAGAUCAUUCAUGUUUCCAUCUGCGACGUGUUGCCAUAAGGGCUGCAUGGGUUUGUGCAAGUGAAUGUGAUAUUAGGGAGUUUCUGGGUUUUUGUGAGCACCGUUCUUGAAUGCAGAUUUGUGUGAGUGAGUGUGCUUGUUUGUCUGUUUAUUUGCUUGCUUGAUUGCUUAAUGUAAUUAUAUCCCGCCUUUCUCCCAAGCUGGGAUUCAAGAAGAUUUACAAAAUCUCGAAAACGUCAUUAUAAAAUACAAAGCAAUGAAAGUUAGUUAGAAACAAUAAAUUAAAAUGCAAUAUAAAACGCAUUUAGAGCCAGUGUUAAAACGCCGAUUGCCCAUCAUCGUUUGCACUUGGGUUGUCAGAACAGGGAGGUCUUAGCUUGCCAGCAGAAAGAUAACAAGGAGGGAGCCAGCCUAUCCUUUCUUGGGAGGGAAUUCUACAAUAUGGGUGCAGACACAGAAAAGGCUCUGUCUCGUGUCACCACCAACUGUGAUGUUGAUGGGAACUGAGAGGUGCUCACCAGAGAACCUUAGCACCCAGGCAGGUUCAUAAAGGGAGAUACUGUCCCUCGGGUAACCUGGGCCCAAGCCAUAUACCGUAUUUUUUGCUAUAUAAGACGCACCAGACCACAAGACGCACCUAGUUUUUGGAGGAGGAGAACAAGGGGAAAAAAAUAUUCUGAAUCUCAGAAGCCAGAACAGCAAGAGGGAUCGCUGCGCAGCGAAAGCAGCGAUCCCUCUUGCUGUUCUGGCUUCUGGGAUAGCUGCACAGCCUGCAUUCGCUCCAUAAGAUGCACACACAUUCCCCCUUACUUUUUAGGAGGGAAAAAGUGAGUCUUAUAGAGCAAAAAAUAUGGUAUAUAUACACAUAUGCACUUGCAUACACAUUAUUUAUCAUCAUUCCCUCUAUUGCCAGUAUCCAGGCUGUGAGUGCCUAUUCUUUAUGUAGCCAAAAUGGCACUACCCAUGCAAAAGAGAGCAGUAGCUACAUCUCAAGGUCUGCAAAAGUUCAGUCUUGAGGGUUAUGAACUAUUGAGGAAACCGAAAAAUUUCCUGUUACGCAUGCUUUGAUCUGACAUUAUAAAUAUGGUUGCCUGCAUCCAUCUGUCUUGAGAUAUAAUGGAGUGUGCCUCCAGGGGUGAAGUCAAACUUCUGCAUUAGCAGUACCAAAGUGAUCUCCCUGGGGUGCAAACCUGGGCAGUGUGUAUGGAGGUCCUGGGCUGCCCAGACAACACCCCCCCCCCCCGCCUUGCUGAUGUGGUCCAAAGGAAAGCAGAGCAAGACGUUUGGCAGCAGCUUGGGUGCAGGAGUUGCCAGAAGGAGGCGAACAAGGCGCCACCCAACCAUCUUAGGGACUUCAGUCCCAAUUUGUGUAAGAUUUACUCCCUAGCCUUUUCUCUGCCCGAAGAUAUCCCAAAAGAAAGUGGAGGUUUAGAAACAGAGGUUUCCUUCUCCUAGUUCAUGGGUAGGCAAACUAAGGCCCGGGGGCCGGAUCCAGCCCAAUCGCCUUCUAAAUCUGACCCGCAGACAGUCCAGGAAUCAGUGUGUUUUUACAUGAGUAGAAUGUGUCCUUUUAUUUAAAAUGCAUCUCUGGGUUAUUUUGUGGGGCAUAGGAAUUUGUUCUUUUUUUCCCUCCUUCCAAAAUAUAGUCUGGCCCCCCACAAGGUCUGAGGGACAGUGGAUUGGCCCCCUGCUGAAAAAGUUUGCUGACCCCAGUCCUAGAUGGGCUACCUUCCCAGGUGGAUGAGCCCCAUUUGCCCCUCACUUUCCUCUAUAGCACCUGCAGAAACUGCCUUCCUGACCAUUGGACCCACACUUGGUCUUGUCCUCUCAAUCCACAAGAGACUGUCUUCACAUGCAGGGAAAGUCCCUAACUCACCGAGGUCUUGUGACCCAUCGGCUACCUUCACCUGGUUUAGCUGGCCGGUUGAAGCCCUUUCCAGGGUGUGGCUUCUGUCACAUGCUGAUAGCUUCUGAGAGCCAGUGUGGUGUAGUGGUUAAGAGCGGUAGACUCGUAAUCUGGGGAACCGGGUUCGCGUCCCCGCUCCUCCACAUGCAGCUGCUAGGUGACCUUGGGCUAGUCACACUUCUCUGAAGUCUCUCAGCCCCACUCACCUCACAGAGUGUUUGUUGUGGGGGAGGAAGGGAAAGGAGAAUGUUAGCCCCUUUGAGACUCCUUCGGGUAGUGAUAAAGCGGGAUAUCAAAUCCAAAAUUCUUCUUCUGGGAGCCACAGGUGAGAGCUGACCAAAGGUGGACAAACUAGCCCAGAAAGAGCACAGCACGUCCCACACCAGAGGCACUACCCCUCCCCUCACACCCCGUAAAUAGUUAUAAAUCGCAAUUUACAAUUAGUAACAAUGGUGAAACUACGCAUAGCUCAACAAUGGAAAAAUAAAAAUCCCCCAAUACCGAUAAACCGGCUGAGGAAAGCACGUGGAUUAUAAAACUAGCAUACGAAAGGAACGUGGCAUAUAAUCAUUACAGAAACAAGUUCAUUGAGAAAUGGGCCUUAUUCAUUCAAUUCUGGAAUGACAAAGUAAGAGAUGAAAUACCUCCUUAUAAUUUAUUCACAUUAGUUUAAUACUCUGUCUUUAUGCAAUAAGGAAAAUGGAAGUAGAAAUAUUAAACUCCCACAUCUGCAUUAUAUGCCAGUACAUAGGCAAUGCUGCAACUAAAUCUAACAGUCUUAAGGAAAGCAUGUAGCAAUAAGUCUAUUUGCAUAUGAAAUGCCUUCUAAAUGAAAUAUGAGUUUUUAGCAUAUAUGAAAAACUAUAUACUGAUUUCUGCACAGAUUUACAAACACAGUAUGACUAAUAACUGUGCAGCAGCCAUUAAGUAUAUUUUUGCCACUUUGGAACGACAGUGUUUGUUUCGGAAUCUGUUUUCCAUGUUUCCUUUAUUUUUUUAAAAAAAUGAUUAUGCAAAGCCUGAAAUUUAGCGAUUCAAGGUUUCAGGUGAGGGCAUGUCCCAACCCAACCUAGAGGUGCCAGAAUCAAUCCCAGGACCCUUCUGCAUACACAGCUUAUGUUCUGCCACUUAGCUACAGCCCUUCCAUUGGCGCCCCCUGUUCUAGGGGGAUAAAGUGUCCCCUAAUUAUUUUUCAGCUGCCUGCUGUCUACUCUGAAUGAUUUUGGCUUUGUUUUAGAGGGGGGUGUCCUCUUGCACCAGGGUGUAUUUUCUGGAAUUUCUACCCCCACCCCUUGCAAACUAGGGUAAUUCGCACAGGAAAUUUUUUGAACGCCUUAGAGAGUGAACUAAUUUAGCAUAUUCACCAUACUUUAGUAAAUAGUUGGGGGGGGAAGGCUUGGAAACUGCUAAGCUUGCCUAAUAUAUUCACAGCUGGCUCCUGUUCGUCGUUACUGAUGAAUUUAUUAAAUGCCUGGGGCGAGGGGGUGGGCAGGAAUCGGAGGGAAAUGAAAGCACUGGGGAAAAGAAUUCCAAAUCAUUUCCACAGGAAAAAUAAAUAAAUCACACCCUGCAUCAGUUCCAGGCUUGCUUUGCCGUGCCUUGCAAUAACCGGGCCUUUCUGUUCUCUCCAACAAACAAGAGGCACUGAGUUAAUCUGGGUGAUGUCAUCAGCACAGCUGAGGUCACCCUUUUGUGUGUUAUGACUUGAACAUUAAAUUCCAUGGUUACCUUCUCAUAGCUAGCGGCAUGGAGAGCGGUAUGACACCCCCUACUCACACAUACUAAAUCCCACCAGUGCAUAUUUUGUGUGUGUGUGUGUGUGUGUGUGUGUGUAUUCUGCACUCAUAAUAAGCCUCUGUACACACUGUUCUUUAAAGCACAUUAGAAUCAUAGAAUCGCAGAGUUGGAAGAGACCCCGAAAGUUAUCUGGCCCAUCAGUCAGUCCAUGUUUAUUUAAGGCAAAGAGGCAGCAUAAUUUCUGCAUAAUUCUCUACAUAAACAAUAAAAACGGUUGAUAUGGGGUUUAACAAUCAAUAUGCUAAUUAAGUGUUCUUAAAAUACGUGCAUCCAGUCCAACCCCUGCAAGGCAGGAAUCUUUUGCCCAACUUGGGGCUUUAACCCACAACCCAGAGAUUAAGAAUCUCAUGCUCUACUGAUUGAGCUAUCCCGGGAACAUUAUUUCCCUCAAAGAAUUCUGGGCACUGCGGUUUACUACAAUUCCCAGAAACCCUUAUCAAACUACACAUAGCGUGCAAAAUGCUUGGCAGAAGUAAAGCAUGCUUUGAAUAGGCUUUGAAGGCAUAAGUGUGUUGUUGUUGUUUAGUCGUUUAGUCGUGUCCGACUCUUUGUGACCCCCUGGACCAGAGCACGCCAGGCACUUCUGUCUUCCACUGCCUCCCGCAGUUUGGUCAAACUCAUGCUGGUAGCUUCGAGAACACUGUCCAACCAUCUCGUCCUCUGCCGUCCCCUUCUCCUUGUGCCCUCCAUCUUUCCCAACAUCAGGGUCUUUUCCAGGGAGUCUUCUCUUCUCAUGAGGUGGCCAAAGUCUUGGAGACUCAGCUUCACGAUCUGUCCUUCCAGUGAACACUCAGGGCUGAUUUCCUUCAGAAUGGAUAGGUCUGUUCUUCUUGCAGUCCAUGGGACUCUCAAGAGUCUCCUCCAGCACCAUAAUUCAAAAAUAAUUCAUAAUUCAUAAGUGUGUACAUAGCUUUAAAAGAUAUAUUAAGAGUCUUGUGGUACUUGAAAUGCUUACACAGGCCCCUGCAGAGCUUGUCUGAGGCCUAGGGCAAGUGUACCUGGCUGCAUACCCUCCAACAUUUCUCCAAUGAAAAUAGGGACAUCCUAUUCCAUCAUCAUCAAAAUAAUCAUUUUACUAUUUAUACUCCCCCCGCUCAUUUGACUGGGUUGCCCCAGCUACUCUGGGUAGCUUUAAACAUAUAUUAAAAAAAUACUAAAACAUUAAACAUUUAAGAACUUCCCUAUACAGAGCUGCCUUCAGAUGGCUCGGGGGUCAGAUAACUCCAUACCCUCUGACAUUUCUCCAGUGAAAACAGGGAUGUCCUAAGGUAAAGUGGGACAUUCCGGGAUAAAAUCAGAAACCAGGACAUCUUCAGCAAAUCUGGGUCUGUCCCUGGAAAAUAGGGCCACUUGGAGGGUCUGUGUUUUGCCCACUGCACGGGCCUGCAGGCUCACCCACAUCAUACCUUUUCAAGCUCAUUUUGCCCCUCAAAGAAUUUUGGGCACUGUUGUUUACCCUUCACAGUUAUAAUUCCCAGCAACCCUUAACUAACUGCAGCGCCCAGAAUUCUUUGAGGGAAAGAAUGUGCCAUGCCUUUGAAGGCUGAAUACAUUUAGAGCACACGGCUCUCCUGAAAGAAUCCUGGGAACUGUAGUUCGUUAUGGAUGCUGGGUACUGUCAAUCUGUGAAGGCUAAACUACAAUUCCCAGGAUUCUUUGGGGGAAGGCAUGUGAUUUAAAUGUAAGGGGUGUACGUAGCCUUUAAAACCUGGGGGAAAGGACUGUCUCAUCACUAUUAUUUGUGAGCUGCCCCAGGGAGACUUUCCUCAUCUGGAGCUCAGGAUAAAUAAAGAGCAGCUGGCUGAAUAGAUUAUCCAUCCCAGUGGUCCCCAAAGGGGGCGCUGGGAUUACCUAGGGCAGCCCUAAGAGGCAAAUGGGCAGCAAGGGGGUGCUGAAGGUGUAAAUGACUACCAGACUUUGAAAAGCCGGUAUCUGUGGAUCAAGUUCUUCAGUUUUGUUGAAUUAAUUAACCUAAAUAGUUUUAAUUGGAUUUCAAAUAAAUGUGCAAUUAAUUGUUACUGUUCUCAAUGUUAUGGCGCUAUUAUCAACCUUAGCAAGUCAUGCAAACUGGUGUUCUGAAUAAUGCUUUUUUGAUAUAUCGUCCAAAUCCAGUUUCAAAUCUAUGUCAUGAUGCUGGUUUUGUAAUUUUAGGCUUGACAAUAUAUCGCAAAUCAGGGUGUGGGUGGGGAAGGGUGCUAUGCAAAAAACCACAAUGCGGGGGAAACUGCGAAGCCAGCCAAUGCCUUUACAUAGCUAAGUCCUUAUUUCAGGCAUUGUGAUAUAUCCGUAUAUCACGAUGGUUAGCUGGUGAGAUAUCGCAGUGUUGAAAACCAGACGUCGCCCAGCCCUAGUGGGGAUGAGUUUAUGGAAACCAAGGAGCCGAUGGCUCAAAAAAGUUCGGAAACCACUGAUUUAUCCCCUCUCCCUUCCCCAUUCCUCUCCACCUCACCCUUCCCCACUCACAGAUGUCUCCCCGAUCGUGGCGGGCCUGAUUGGCGCCACCGUCCUAGUGGUGUCCGUCUCCAUGACGGUCUUCGUGUGGACAUGCUGCCACCAGCACGCGGAAAAGAAGCACAAGACCCCGCCUUACAAGUUCAUCCACAUGCUGAAAGGCAUCAGCAUCUACCCAGAGACCCUGACUAACAAGAAGAAAAUCAUACGGAUCCGGCGAGACAAGACGGGAGCUGCCAUGAAAGAUGGAAGAGGCAACCUUCUGGUGGACGCGGCAGAAGCUGGCCUGGUGGGCUCCGACAGGAUCUCCAGCGCGGCUCCCUGUGUCAACCAGCUCCCGAUCAAAGUCGAUUACGGGGAUGAGUUGAGCCCGGACCAGAGCUUGACUCCGGCAGGCAGCAAGCCUUCCUCUCCCUCUUCCCCAGAAGAAGAGGUGACUCUGGGGACGCUGACCUUCUCCGUGGACUACAACUUCCCCAAGAAAGCUCUGGUCGUGACCAUCCAAGAAGCCCGCGGGUUGCCGGUCAUGGACGAGCAAAACCAAGGCUCCGACCCCUACAUCAAGAUGACAAUCCUUCCCGACAAGAGGCACCGGGUGAAGACGCGCGUCCUCCGCAAGACGCUGGACCCCGUCUUCGACGAGACCUUCACUUUCUACGGGAUCCCCUACAGCCAACUCCAGGACCUGGUCCUCCACUUCCUGGUGCUGAGCUUCGACCGCUUCUCUCGAGAUGACGUCAUCGGGGAGGUGAUGGUGCCGCUCGCCGGGGUGGACCCAAGCACAGGGAAGGUCCAGCUCACCAGGGAGAUCAUCAAAAGGAAUAUACAGGUAGGGGAGUUGGGACCCGGGGGUUUAACUAGGGGGACUGUCCAAGUUCCUUUUCCUUUUACAAGACCUUUAGAGACCAUAGGCACUUAAAUGAUUUUGGCACCCCCAUAUAUAUCAAAUUCAAAAUAUAAACAAUAACAAAGUAGAAAAUGAUUUUUUGAAAAGAAACCUACAGUAAGAUGGAAAAUAACGUUUAUUUUUGCAUGCUUUCACCUUAUUUAUAUUUGGGGGGGGGAAUUUUCGUUUUUCUAAUUGCAAAGUCUUUGAUCAGAUCCUUACGUAACGCAUCUGCUUCUACACUUAGUAGAGAUAAGGCAUCUUGCCUGCCUUGUUGCACAGUUGUUCUGUUGGGGUUUCUUAAAUAUACAUCAACUGAGAAAAUGGACGCCCAGCCGAAUCAUCUGUAAUAUUUGUAUGUUAUUUCUUCAUUUAUUGCGGGAGCCUUUUUCGUGGAACCUGGUUCAGCUGCACUGUAGUAAAUCUGGCAAUGGAAAAUUUAUGUGGCGCCCUCCUUCCCUUGAUGCCUUAAGCAUGCGCUUAUGUUGCUCCAUGCCCUGUCCUCGCCAUUGGUGUCCAAGCGAGUGGGAUGGGGGUGAGGGGGCUGUGAACCAUCAGUAGGGAUUGUACCUGCUGGUAGGACCCACAAGACAGGUGUGCUGAUGCAAGAGCCAAGGGAAGCUGGUCUGUGACAUGGACCAGGACUGCCCCUCUCAAGUCCAGCACCCUGUUCUAGCAGCAAAAAACCAGAUACCUUAAUGCAACGUUGUUGGACUACAACUCCCAUCAUCUCUAGCCAGCAGGACCAGUGGUCAGGGAUGGUGGGAAUUACAUAGUCCAACAGCAGCAGGAAGCCCAGGUUCAAGAAACACUACCCUAAAGGGAAGGAAAGCCAAAAGCAGGGUCUGAGCGCAGCAGCGACUCUCCCCACCUGGGACUAUUAAGUAGUAGACUGCCACCAACAGUGCAGGGAGAAGCCAGCCAUCAUGGCUAGGAACCAGUGAUAGCCUGAUCCGUAGUGAAUCUUUCAUUUAUUUUAUUUCACAAAAUUUAUAUACUGCUUGAUUGUAAAAAAACAAACACCCAGCAACCUCAAAGUGGUUCACAAAACGAAUACAACAAUGAAAUUACUAGUAAAAUACAGUCAUAUUUACACAGCAUAGUUAUACAGUAAAAUACAAUUUAAAGUAUUCAAUAAUGAUUAAAACCAACAAUAAGCUAAAAAGCAGAUUUAAAACACGUGUUGACAUUUUAUGUGCCGAUAGGCUUUGCCUAAACAAAAGAAUGUUUUUAGCAGGUGCUGAAAUGAGUGCAGCAAAGGCGCCUCUCAACAGGCAGGGACUUCCAAAGUAUGGAUGUAGCCCCAUUAAAAAAGAUGGAUUUUCUUACAAAUGCAGACCAAGUAAUAUGUGGCAGCUUCAACAGCGCUGGUUAUUAUACCCACCAGCCGCUUUAUACAAAAGCGUCAGAGUGGCACUUGAUAGGAUAAAAUGCAACACGUAAAAACGAUGUGAAAGCAGAAAAAAAAUAAAAGAAUAAAACCAGGAACGAUACAAAAUGCAUAAGAUGCUCACCCAGUAACAUAUGAAUAAGGAGAAGUCCUAGCCACCCCCAACUGAAAGAUGAGCACCAGUGCAUGAGGCAACAUUAAAUAACCAAAGGUCGGAGUAAACAAAAGGUAUCAGCCUGGCUCCCAGGGGCUGACAGGGAUGGCGCCAGGCAUGUCUCCCUGGAGAAAGCAUUCCACAGACUUGUCUCAUCCUCUCUGAAAGCCCUCCAAGUUGGUGGCCAUCGCUGCCUCGUGUGGACGUGAAUUCCAUUGUGUCAUUUUGUGCUGUUGGGGAACAAGUAUCACCGUAUUUUUCACUCCAUAAGACACACCGGACCAUAAGACGCACCUAGUUUUUGGAGGAGGAAAACAAGAAAAAAAAUAUAUUCUGAAUCUCAGAAGCCAGAACAACAAGAGGGAUUGCUGUGCAGCGAAAGCAGCGAUCCCUCUUGCUGUUCUGGCUUCUGGGAUAGCUGCGCAGCCUGCAUUCGCUCCAUAAGACGCACACACAUUUCCCCUUACUUUUUAGGAGGGGAAAAGUGAGUCUUAUAGAGCAAAAAAUACAGUAACUGUGCACCUCUGGGAAUUGGAGACAAGGCAAAGGUUCACCACAGCAGCAACUGGGGCUGUUCUCAGGAGAUCCAAAGAGAGCUGUUGUCCGAGCACAGGCCUUUUCUGCCUGGUCCAGAAGGACUGUUUCAUAUUUUCCUAACUGCAGAUUCCUUGCAUUCCGCUGAAACUCCUGGGUUCUGCAUGAGAGGAUGCAUCUCAAGCUCAGAACGGCACGAUUCCAGUUUUCUGGGCAUGUCUCUUCCUCCUCCUCUAAAGAGGAGGAGGAACAUCUGUUCUGUAACCUGGGAUUUUGCAAGGCAUUGUUCCAGCCAGCGGAAGCGGCAGACUCCCCGGGAGCGCGAGCAGUAAUGCAAACAAGCGCAGAGCCAGCAAGGACAGUAAUCAGACCAAGGAUUGGGGUCAGCCGCCUUCAAAGUGGUAGCUGGAAAGCAGCCAGAUCAGCACUAUGGAGGAGGGCGCUUUGGGAAACUGGGCUACAUUACGACAGAUAAACAGGAUGUGGAUUUUUGCUCAGGCAAUACACAAUCUAAUGUUUUUUUUCUCUGUGCGUGUGCUUAGCUCCCAAACAAACGUAACAGGCAGAUUUGGGGGGAAGGGAAUAGCACGGUGGCAGGGAAUCUGUCCCGGGUUCAAUCCCAGCACCUGCAGAUAGAGCUGGGAGAGAUUCUGCAUUUGAAAUCCUGGACAGUUCUUGCAGGUCAGUGCAGAUGAUACUGAACUAGAUGGGCUAAUGUUCUGACUCUGCAAAAGGUAGUUUCCUCUGCUUCUGUGGUCUCCUUCAGGGAUGGGAAGCCUGUGGCCCUUUAGAUGCUGUGUGUGACAUUGUGGCCCGCUUUAUCACUCCCCUUCAGGAGUCUCAAAGCGGCUAACAUUCUCCUUUCCCUUCCUCCCCCACAAUGAACACUCUGUGAGGUGAGUGAGGCUGAGAGACUUCAAAGAAGUGUGACUGGCCCAAGGUCACCCAGCAGCUGCAUGUGGAGGAGCGGGGACGCGAACCCAGUUCACCAGAUUACGAGACUACCGCUCUUAACCACUACACCACGCUGGCUCCACGCUGUUGUUGGACUCCAACUCCCAGCAGCCCUUGCAAGAGGGGCCAAUGGUCAGGGAUGAGCUGCAGUCCAGCAGCAUCCUUCCAGGAGCCACAUCCCAAGGGCAGGCAGAGCCAGAGGCAGAAUGGGCAAAGCAAUGAAGGUUUCCUUUGUACAGUAGGCUGCUUCUCUACACUCACCCCCCUCUCUAUGCUCCAUCCAGGCAAAUAAAAAGGAAUAGCAGAGUUCAAGGACUCAUUCCAGCAAGGCAGAUGCACCGUGGGAGCAGGGCUGAUAAGGAAUGUACAUAAGGAACACAUGUGGAGAGACCCAAGGACCAGUUGGAGAGGUCUGGAGGGCCACACCAGAGAUUCUCCAUCUUUGGCACAAAAGAAAGCUCCUCUGGCAGAUCUUAGGCUUCCGCUUUGAGUUGUCUAGACAUUUCUUUAAUUAGGCAGGAUGGGUGGCUUUCAAAUAAAUACAUAAAUCCCGCUUCAAUGGGAUGACACACCUCUCUGCACAAUUAGAGGGGGAGAAAUAAAAUCUUUGGGCUCGUAAACCAGCUGUUGUGUCUUGCUGUCGGGCUUUCUAAGCAGUUAAGCUUCCCUUGCUUCUGUCUGCCUUCCAAGCUGCAACUAUUGCCCCAUUCUAGCUGGUCUGAGGAUCUGUGAUGGGGAGGGGGUCCCCCUCCCCUUGAGCAAAGUCAGAAAGCAAUUGACACUGGAACAGAAAGCUACUGGCUUGCAGUUAUUCCUGCGGCUGAGAACUGGAAAUGUUGGCACGUCUUGCUUGUGGGCUUCCCAUAAUGCGUAUCUGAUUCGCCACUGGGAAAACAUGAUGCUGGAUUAGAGAUGGGCCAGCGGGCCGUUCUUAUGAUGCAGAGAGGGAUGAGAAAGUGAGUUACAGGCAAGCUGUUAGGAGUCGCAUCUUUCAGGACCAGGGAGAGCUCCUUGAGACAACAGGAAGCCAAUCCAAUGAAAGCUCCCUUUUUCUGCCUUCCCCCUUCCGAUGUCUUUGGACAAUAGUUCCCAUCAGCCCCUUUGUAAACUACCUGCUGCCUUUGUAAACUACAGUCAUACCUUGGGUUACAGACGCUUCAGGUUGCAUUUUUUUGGGUUACGGAAUUACCGGAAGUACCGGAAUAGGUUACUUCCGGGUUUCGGCGGUGGCACAUGCACAGAAUCACCAAAUUGCGCUUUGCGCAUGCGCAGAAGCUCCGGGUUGCAACCCGAGCAUGCGCAUACGUGCCACUGCAGGUUGCGAACGUGCAUCCCGCACGGAUCACGUUCGCAACCCGAGCGUCCAUUGUACUUUGCUAUUCGGGGUUGCGGGGAAGGUUUUCACUAUCAGAGUAAAAAGAGGUGGGGGUGGGAAAUCUGUGUGGCUCUCCAUGUCCCAUCAGCCUCAGCCACCACAGCCAACUGUUCAGAGAUUGUGGGGACUGGAGUCCAGCAACAGCUGGAGAGCCACAGCCUCCACACUCCUCUCCUAGGCACAUGUCCCAGCCAAUCAGGGAUCACACAUUAAAUGCACUUACAACAGAGAUGUAAAGCAGGGAUGAGGAGCUCAUAGCCUUCCAGAUAUUGUUGGGCUAUGUCUCUCACCAGCCCCUAGCCAGCAUGGGUCCAUAGCUCAGAGGUUUAACAACUGUCACAAGGUCCCAAGCUCUGUCCCCAGCAUCUCCAGGUAGGGCUGGGAAUGCCCCCCUGCCUGAAACUCUGGAGAGCUGCUGCCAAUCAGUGUGGACAGUGCUGAGCUGGGUGGACCCCAUGGUCUGACUCAGUGAAAGGCAGCUUCCUAUGUUUCCAAGAGUCCCAAAAGCUGGGCAGAGAAGCUUGGAAGGCCCUUGACCUUAGGACAUGUGCGUGUGUAGGAAGAGAGUUCAAUGGGAGAAGAGGAGGGAGAGGAAAAUUAAAACUGGUAAUGGAAGGAGGAGGGGAGUACAGCCUGUGGCAGUGGUCAGUUUAGACACUUGUGAAGACAGAAGGAGAAAGUGUGACACACAGAGAGAGAGAGAGAGAGAGAGAGAGAGAAGGGGGUGACGGAAGGAGAGGGAAAAGCAAUGGCCCCAUUCAUUUCCAGCUGCGGCACCACUAAAUACCAGCCAUGUAUGAUAUGUAUGCAGCUUUAGAUGCUUAUGCUAUAGCAACUUCAAGGCCCCCUCCUAAGGUUGCCAUACGUCUGGAUAUACCCAGAAUACUGUAGUCAGAAGCAGUGUCUGGGCAGAAAUAUGCAAAAUGUCCAGGGAAAUCCGGACGUAUUACAACCCAUGUCGGCAGUGUCGUUUUUGCCAGUUUUCCUAAAGAAAUAGCUCAAAAUCAACUUUGCUCGCCCCCCUCCCGCAAAAAAUAAUAAUAAUGUAGCUCUGUAAGGGGAAUAGGGAGUUUCAUAUGACAUCUCAGUGCCCAUAAUAAACUACAGUUCCCAGGAUUCCUUUUUUUUUUUUUUUGCAGGGAGGGAGUCAUAACUGUAAAGAUGGUGUAAGAGCUCUUUAAACGUACAAUGGUACCUCGGGUUACAUACACUUGAGGAUACAGAUGCUUCAGGUUACAGACUCUGCUAACCCAGAAAUAGUACCUCGGGUUAAGAACUUUGCUUCAGGAUGAGAACAGAAAGGAUGAGAACGGCAGCAGUGGGAGGCCCCAUUAGCUAAAGUGGUGUUUCAGGUUAAGAACAGUUUCAGGUUAAGAACGGGCCUCCAGAAUGAAUUAAGUACUUAACCCUAGGUACCACUGUAUAGUGCAGAUGGGGCCCUAGUUUCCAAUCCCAAUGUGCAAACCAGACUUUGCUGGUUCAGAUGCCUCAAAGCAGGAAAGGCUGGGCAGGGGGAAUCACUGCGGAUGAGGGGAGGAGAGAGGGUCCGUCUCACGUCUGGUGUGACAUCCGAACCAGCCUCAUGCAUGUUUCCUGACAGCGCCCCUACAGUGAAAUGGAGCAGGGUCAGCCAGCAUGAUGCCUUACAGACAUUGCUGGACUCCAGCGCCCACUAGCCUUGAUCACAGUCAUGGCUCUCCCACCCCCAAUGAAUCCUGGGAGCUGUAGUUUGUUAAGGGCACUGGGAGUCGUUAUGAGACUCCCCCAUUCACCUCACAGAGCUACAAUUCCCCGGGAAAAGGAAUUGGUUGCUAAACCAUACUGGGAACGGCAGCUCUGUGAGGGGAGUAGGGGCAUUUCCUAACAAAUCUCAAUGCCCAUAACAAACUACAAUUCCCAGGGUUCUUUGGGGGAAGAAGCCACGACUGCUUAAAUAAGCAGAAGAGUGCUUUAAAUAUACAGCGGUACCUCAGGUUACAGACGCUUCAGGUUACAGACUCCGCUAACCCAGAAAUAGUACCUUGGGUUAAGAACUUUGCUUCAGGAUGAGAACAGGAUGCAGUGGCAGCGGGAGGCCCCAUUAGCUAAAGUGGUACCUGAGGUUAAGAACAGUUUCAGGUUAAGAACGGACCUCCAGAACGAAUUAAGUUCUUAAACCGAGGUACUACUGUAUGGUGCAGAUGACGAAGAGUCGUUUGGCCCAAAGUGGGCACUUUCCACUUGUGAUUCCGGGAGGAAGGGAAAGGAGGAGGACUGGCUUUAGACAAACGUUAACUCAAGAGUCCCGGGCAGUUCCCAAAAUGCCGAAUCUAGGACACGACGGCCAUGGCAACCCGGCCUGCUAUUCACAGCCUUAACAACGGCUUUUUUAAAACACUUGGCAAGGCUCUGUUUUAUUUCCACUGUAUUAACUCCCUUUCAACACAGCCAUGUUUUUCCUUUAAAAAAGAAGGACAAAUGACCUACUCACUACGGACAAGUCAUCUACCACCGAAAAGCAUUUAAGGCCACAGCGGAAGCACGGAGGAUGUAAACAAUGAAACGCCACACCCUCCCCGAUUGUAGAGUUCGCUGGUGAUUUCGAACCUGCUUUUUAAGGUGGUGGUGGUGGCUCUUUCCUAGGAGGUCAGGAUUCUGGUCCCCUUCAAAGGUGGGCCAUAGGAAGCUGCCUUAUACAGAGUCCAUCUAGACCCCGCGGGGGGUUACCCACACUGACUGGUAGCAGCGGGUCUCCACGGCUGCAGGUGACAGGUCUCUCCCAGCCCUACCUGAAGGAGUGAACCUAGCACCGCUUCAAGCAGGUGCUCUCCCACCGACCUACAGCCCUUCCUCUAGAAAUACAAGAUUCUAGUCCUCAUUGUUCUGCACAAAGAGCUGAUUUUAAAUAGGAACAUGGGAAGCUGUCUUAUACUGUGGUACCUUGGGUUAAGAACUUAAUUCGUUCUGGAGGUCUGUUCUCAACCUGAAACUGUUCUUAACCUGAGGUACCACUUUAGCUAAUGGGGCCUCCCGCUGCCGCCACACGAUUUCUGUUCUCAUCCUGAAGCAAAGUUCUUAACCCGAGGUACUAUUUCUGGGUUAGCGGAAAACCUGAAGCGUCUGUAACCUGAGGUACCACUGUAUAUCAAGUCAGGUCAUGGGUCCACCUAGCUUGGCGUUACCUAUAUUGACCGGAAGCUAUCUUGUACUGUGUCAGACCAUUGUUCCGUAUAAUAAUAAUAAUAAUAAUAAUAAUAAUAUUGAUACCUGUACAAACAGGUUGUUGGACUAGAUGGGCCUUCUUAUGUUCUCCUUCCCCACUGGCUUCCUUCAGCUGACCUUUUCUAGAAGAAGAGUUUGGAUUUGAUAUCCUGCCUUUCACUCCCUUUAAGAAGUCUCAAAGCGGCUAACAUUCUCCUUUCCCUUCCUCCCCCACAACAAACACUCUGUGAGGUGAGUGGGGCUGAGAGACUUCAAGGAAGUGUGACUGGCCCAAGGUCACCCAGCAGCUGCAGGUGGAGGAGCGGAGACGCGAACCCGGUUCCCCAGAUUACGAGACUACCGCUCUUAACCACUACACCACACUGGCUCUCUAGAUGAUGCAUUCCCCCCAUUUGCAGAAACUGAUAGGUGGACUUGAGGGUGGCCAGGGCUGCUUGGGGCCUGUUGUUCUGAGGAUGUGUGACCUUAUCUCUUUCCAGAAAUGCGUCAGCAGAGGGGAGCUGCAGGUUUCCUUGUCUUACCAUCCUGUUGCCCAGAGGAUGACUGUGGUGGUUUUGAAGGCGAGACAUCUGCCCAAGAUGGACAUCACCGGCCUCUCAGGUAGAAGCUAUUUACCCCGCCUCAUCUCCGUAUUUUCCUUGUGUGCCCCUUUGAACGCUCUUUUGCUCGUGUUAUUUUUUAAUGAGGGGUGGAUCUGUUCAUUUCGGUUCCUCUCGGUUUCUCAUUCCCCCCCACCACCUUAAAUUCAGUUCCCUGCAUUUCUGCAGCGAUUUGCUUUUUUUUUAACGUGAAAACCUGUCAGCAUUUUACUGCAACCCCCCCCCAUAAGUCCAGUUUUGUUUGCAGUUUUGCCUAAUAGACGCAUUUUGCAAAGCAAUUUCCCCACUUUUGUAUGCAAUUUUAUGCACACUUGGUACAUGCAUUUUCGUACAUAUUGUUGGAGAACACACAGUGCUGCAAAAUUUGGAGAGGUGCAAAGGAUGGUGGUGCUUCAAUUCACGUAGUUUCAGAGAACGCGGAUUUUGUAGGUCCACCUUUAAAUGCCACCUGAACUGAGUUUCUCCCUCCCUCCCAUUUGUAACCAGUGAGCCAGCUUAUGAAUCCUGUGCAUCCUUGGAAAGAUCAGAAGGCAACCAUCCCUUUCUCCUAAUGUUAUCCCCAAAUCUACUCUCCUGCAGCUGAAGCCAACUAGUUCUAGUCCUGGCCAGGACAGCAGCAAAGAACAUCUCUUUGCCCUCUUCUAUGUGGCAGCCCCAAAAGAUGGCACUGUGAAGUGCCCUAAGCAUUAAAAACAACAACACCCCAACAUCUCCAGGGUGUUUGAAAUGUAAAGCCCCAAAGACACAACUUGAUCCUUCAUUUGAUGUUCAUAUCUUUUGAGGACAAAUUCCAGCUAGACAAAGAGCACUCGAGGAAGGCGCGGAGCAGGGCUGGUGAGGGGUGUGGCCUGGGAAGAGGGGGUGGGGCCUGAAGAGACUCCAGAGGGCUGGAUAGCAUGACAUAGUUGGCAUUUCUCCAUCCCUGACUUGCACAGACCAGGAUCACAACGUUCAGUGGCUUUGCUUUAUUUUUCAGUUACCUCCCUCAACGCGAGCUCUGGUUCAUGAACCCCUAACAGAAUGUUCUCCUCGGUCUCUUGAGUUAGCGACCUUGUGUUUAGGAGAUUGGGGUUAUAGUUUGGCUUGCCUCAUCUUGAGCUGCUUGCUUUUCAGGGUCCCCACCCAUGCCCCAGAAACUCUGCCAUCAUACAAAUUCCUAGAAGAGGAGAGGUCUUAGCCAAGGGCUAAACAGAACAUCCAUGUGGAUUGGCAGUAUUAUCUCUGAAUACUAGUUGUUAGGGGCACAUCAUGGGAGAGAUUCUGUUGCCCUUCAGGCCCAGGUUCUGAGCUUCCUGGAGACAUCUGGCCAGACUAAUGGACCUUUGGUCUGUCUGCUUAUGUUUUUACCUUCAGCCUUGUUCCAGGACUCGGGAACAUAUGAGAGAAGCAGAGAAGCUAGAGAUGGGGGAGCCUGUGGCUUUCCUGAUUGAUGGUGGACUACAACUCCCAUCAGACCCUAGCCAGCAUGGCCAAAGGUCAAGGAUGAUGGGAGUUGGAGUCCAGCAAUGUCUGGAGGGACACAUGUUCUUCCAGGAAUCUGCCUUAUACUGAAUCAGACUCUUGGUCUGGCUUAGCUCUGAGCAUUGUCUACAAUCAUAGAAGCAUUGAUUCAUAGAAGCAUAGAGUUGGAAGGGAGCAUCCAUGGCAGACGGCCAUCCAACCUCUACUUAAAAACCUCCAGUGAUUGGCAGGAGCUCUCUGCAGAGUCUCAAGCAGCUCUCUCCAGGUCUUUCUCAUCCCUACCUGGGUUUGCAAGGGUUUAGACUCAAAUAAUAAUAAUUUUAAUAAUAAUAAUUUAUUAUUUGUACCCCGCCCUUCUGGCUGGGUUUCCCCAGCCACUCUGGGCGGCUUCCAACAAAGAUUAAAAAUACAUCAAAAUGUCACACAUUAAAAACUUCCCUUCAGAUAUCUUCUAAAUGUCAGGUAGUUGUUUAUCUCUUUGACAUCUGGUGGGAGGGCGUUCCACAGAGUGGGUGCCACUACCGAGAAGGCCCUCUGCCUGGUUCCCUGUAGCUUUGCUUCUUGCAGUGAGGGAACUGUCAGAAGGCCCUUGGCGCUGGACCUCAGCAUCCAGGCAGAACGAUGGGGGUGGAGAUGCUCCUUCAGGUAUACAGGUAUAUUGAAUGACCCCUGGGGUCCCUUCCAACUCUACAAUUCUAUUAUUCUGAUGUGUUCAGGGCAGCUGUUUACCAGCUCCAUCUGGUAUGCCGGCUGAGACCCUACAACUUUUAGAAGACACCUAAAGGCAGCCCUGUAUUGGGAAUUUUUUUUAAUGGUUAGCAUUUUAUUAUGUUUUAUAUAUGUUGGAAGCCAGGGACAACCCAGCCACUCUGGGCAGGAUAUAAAUAAUAAUAAAAUUAUUAUCAUCAUCAUUAUUCCUUUACUUUCUUCAUAAACAUGGUGAGCCAAUCUCACUCCAAUUAGGGUGAGGGGGGUCCCUGCUCAUUCUGCAGAGGGGGGGAGGUUCCCAGAGUUCUGUCCCCCCAAAAUCCCGCUUGGGUGAUACUGCCAGUUAUCGGCCUGUGUUAUUGGCUCGCUCCUGUUCCUUCUUUCCGGCAGACCCCUACGUCAAGGUGAACGUGUACUACGGCAGAAAGCGCAUAGCCAAAAAGAAAACUCACGUCAAGAAGUGCACUUUGAACCCCGUCUUCAACGAAUCCUUCAUAUAUGACAUCCCCGUGGAUCUCCUCCCGGACGUCAGCAUCGAAUUCCUGGUCAUCGACUUCGACCGCACCACGAAAAACGAAGUGGUGGGCCGGCUGAUCCUGGGAGCGCACAGCGUCACGGCGGGCGGCGUGGAACACUGGCGGGAAGUGUGCGAGAGCCCCAGGAAGCAGAUCGCCAAAUGGCACAGCUUGAGCGAAUACUAG